AUCAAACCGCCGCCAUUUCAUCUUUCGGAACGACGGACGGUUGAGACCUUACUGACUAGAAAAAUACUGAUCUACGUUCUUCGUAUUUUUUAAAAUAUAUAACCCUAAAAGGGCAAAUAGAUUACCAUAACAUCACAAAAGGAGGUCUUUACAACGACGAUACUGCGCGAAAAUGUCGGCUGAAGUUGCUCCUGAAAAACCAGGCCAGGGCGGUAUGAACGGCAAGCCCAACCACGAAAGCCGGAAGGAGCGGCCUCCGAAGCGAGGCGGCGGCCGCUUCGAGCCCUAUGGAAACCAGGCGAAGAGAUUCCGCGUGUUCGUCAGCAACAUCCCCUUCGAUGUGAAGUGGCAAGCGCUCAAAGACCUCAUGAAAGAAAAAGUGGGUGAGGUAACAUACGUGGAACACUUAAUGGACGCAGAAGGCAAAUCGAGGGGUUGUGCGGUCGUUGAGUUCAGGACCGAGGAGCUGAUGAAGAAGGCCGUGGAGAAAGUCAACAAACACAACCUGAAUGGGAGGCCCCUUAAAGUGAAGGAGGACCCGGAUGGAGAGUUUGCACGCCGCGCAGCCCAGCGGGCUCAGGCUGGGGGCCCUCCAGGGGGGAUGGGCAUGGCUAUGGGCCCAGGGCCCGGAGCUCUACCUAUGGUGAACAUUCCUCCCAGCCUCCUGGACAACCCCAACAUCCCCAGUGAGAUCAUCCACGGCCUGCAGGCGGGAAAGAUAGGCAGCACUGUUUUCGUGGCCAAUCUGGACUACAAGGUGGGCUGGAAGAAGCUGAAGGAGGUGUUCGGCAUGGCUGGUGUGGUGUUGCGUGCUGACAUUCUGGAAGACAAGGACGGCAAGAGCAGAGGGAUGGGCACCAUCACCUUUGAGAUGCCCAUUGAAGCUGUGCAAGCUGUGUCCAUGUUCAACGGUCAGCUCCUGUUCAACAGGGUCAUGCACGUGAAGCUGGAUGAGAAGUCCCUGCCAAAGGAUGACUUCCCCCCUCCUGAGAGGCCCCCUGCUCUUCCCCGUGGACUGAGUGGAGUUGGGCUCGGGCUGGGGCCUGGUGGCCAGCCUAUUGACACCAACCAGCUGAACAGAGGUGGGGGUGGAGGAAUGGGUAACAUGGGGCCUGGAGGCAUGGAUGGAAUGGGUUACGGUGGCAUGGGCAGAAUGGCUGGAAUGGACAACUUUGGAGUUGGGAUGAACAACAUGGAGCGUUAUGGGCCCUCUGGGAUGGGCAGGAUGAAUGAGAUGGACCGUGGGAUUGGUGGCGGCUUUGACAGGGAGUUUGGCAGGAAUGAGAUGGGAAUGUCUCGCAGUGGAUUUGGUGAUUCCUUUGAGAGGGGAAUGGGUAACUCCAUGGGCAUGGAUCGCAUGGGUUCUGGAAUGGACCGAAUGGGGUCUGGGAUGGACCGCAUGGGCUCAGGCAUGGAGCGCAUGGGGAUGGACCGCAUGGAACGCGUGUCCGAUCUGGACAGGCUGGGCUCUGGCUUUGACCGGAUGGGCUCUGGGCUGGACCGGCUGGGGUCCGGGCUGGACCGCAUGAGCUCCAGCGUGGACCGCCUAGGCCCGGCCGGCUUCGACAGGCUGGGCCCGUCCAGUUUGGAUCGCAUGAGCGGGGGGAUGGAUUUCAUGUCCCCGAUGGGCAUGGAUCGGAUGGGGUCUGCCAUGGACAGGAUGGGCUCUGGAUUUGACCGCAUAGGGUCCACUGGCAUCGACCGCUUCCCCAGCACCGGCCUCGACCGCAUGGGGUCCAGUAUGGACCGCAUGGGCUCUGGCGGGGUGGGGGGCCAAUUUGACAGGCCAGCGGACAUGGAGCGAGGAGGAUUUGGCGGGCCCUUCGGAGGAGGUGGAGCUGGGGCAGGAGGGCCUGGCGCUGGGGCCAAUGCCAGGAAGGGCUGCCAGAUCUUUGUCAGAAAUUUGCCAUUCGAUUUCACCUGGAAGAACCUGAAGGACACCUUCAACUCAUGUGGUAUUGUGCAGUACGCUGACAUCAAGAUGGAGAACGGGAAGUCGAAGGGCUGUGGCGUGGUCCGAUUCGAGAACCCGGAGACGGCCGAGCGAGCCUGCAGAACCAUGAACGGCUACCGGCUCAACGGGAGGGAGAUCGAUGUGAGGAUCGACAGGAACGCAUAAUCCGGCCUCCCCAACAUCCGUCAAAAAGCCCUGAGCCACCCCCCCCCCAUCAGUUUAGUCAGUUUGUAAUCAUCUUGCAAGAAGUAUGCAGUUUUCGUGUUGCUUGCUUCUGAAUUUUAGUGACCAAAUUUUUUUUUUUUAACCUUUUAUGCUUUUGAGAUCAUUUACACUUACAG